GUAAGAGAUUCAGCGGGUUGCGAAACAUGAGCGUUUGAAUCCAGACAUAAAUACGAGUUGUCUAAAAAUUUUGAGUCAUUCGUAACGGGAGCAUCGUAAUAACAGUCACGUGUAAAAAUAAUAAUUUGUAUUUGAUUUACAUUGUAGCUUCAAUUGUAACUUAUAAUUUGUUAAUUGUGUUAAUAGCAACUAUAUUGCAAUAAUAUUUUCAGUACGAUUGAGUGAAUUCGUAUUGUGAUUUCUAAGAGUGAAUUACGCCUGCUUGUCAACAAGAAACUUUAAUGCGAAAUUGAAAAUUUUGUGGAUAGCUUCAUUAUCGACAAUCAUACUUAAGCCGUUGUAUUUGAACAUUUAAAAUGGAGGAGACUUCGAACGAUUUCAAAAUUUUCAACGCGAACCCAUCCAAUUCGAGCAAUAAAGAAGUCAUGGAUAACUCAGAAGAGACGCAACCGACAGUGAGUUUUGACCCGGAAUCAGUGUAUUACAAUAUGUCCGGAGAUAAAUACUUGAUUAUCUUCAAUCAUUACACCUUCAAGAAAACCAAAUACUUUCAAUAUAAACAGCCCUCGACAAGGAACGGUACAUUUGAAGAUGUUAAAAGUUUAAAGGAUUUAUUCGAAGGUCUAUCUUACAAUGUUACAACUUACACCGAUCUUAUCUAUGAAGAUAUUUUAAAUAGAGUUGCUGAAUUUUGCAAGCGCGAUCAUAGCAAGACCUCAUGUGUUAUUGUGACGAUCCUGACACAUGGCGAUAGCGGCGAAGUAUUCGCUGCCGACCAACCAUACAAGAUCAGCGACCUCACUAAUAUGAUUGAGAAUGCUCAUCACACGCUAGUCGGCAAGCCUAAGAUCUUUUUUAUUCAGGCAUGCCGUGGUCCCUUUAUGGAUGAGGGCAGAACAGUGGUGCUGGAUGGUGAAAGCAGGGGCGUCUUACGCCUUCCAACGCAUUCGGACUUCCUCUUCUUACAUUCUUCUGUUGACGAGCUUGUGACUCGUGUUCCAGUGCUUAGUACAAUUUCGAGAUUAUUUGCUGUAUUUUCAUUUAAAAAACUCAGAAAAAGAAGAGGUUAUCUUUCCUACCGUGAUUCAAGAGGAUCGUGGCUAAUCCAGACACUGUGCGAAAUCAUUAGAAAGAAUCACAAGGAAAUCGAUCUACUGCAUAUGAUCACGAUGGUGAACAAAAGCAUUGCAUAUGCGAAGAGUACGUACGUAAAGCAGAUGACCGAAACUAGGUUUACUUUAACUAAGUUAUUUAUGUUUGAAAAGUAGAUGGUCUCGUGAUUAUUCCUAUAAUUUUCUUAAGCGAAUUGUUCUAUCGAAAUAUAUCCAGUGGAAACGGAUAAGUCUGAGGUGCAUUUACUAGUUUAUAAUGCCAAUAAUUUUUCAAACAUUGUUAAUUUACAUUUUAAGCCACUAUUUCGUAGUAGUAAUCUAAUAAUCUUAACUUUUUUGGGUCGCAUAAUGUUAGUUGUGGACAAAUAUUGUAUUUAUAUAACUGACAUGUCCUUCUUCACCGACGUUUGAAAAUAGUUCUGUUUGAUAAGGGCAUUCUACAUGUUUUGUAAUCAUUAUUUUUAGUGAUUUACAAAGUGUUACCUGUUAAUUUUGAUAUAAUAAAAUAUACUGUAUUAAAUAAAAGUUCAUCAUGUUGUA